GGAGGAGGAGAGAAAAGGCGGCGGCCCGGCAGGGCCGAGAGGCGCGUAGGAGGCGGGUUUCACGGGGUGUGGGUCGCGGAGCGGCGCCGGGACAGCGGGAAGCAGCCGCGCACGGCGGCCACGGCAGCCGGAGCCUGGGCCGGGGUUCGGCCGGGCCGGCCGGAAUAUGAUGAGGUCUCUGCAAUGUGGGGUGCAUCAUAAUCAGUUUAAUUAAAAUUGAAACGAGCUGGAGUGGCCAUUAUGGAGGAGGAGCUGCAGCAUGCACACUGCGUGAAUUGUGUUAGUAGACGGUGUAUGACCAGACCAGAGCCUGGGAUUUCCUGUGACUUGAUUGGUUGUCCAUUGGUUUGUGGAGCAGUUUUCCAUUCUUGUAAAGCUGAUGAGCAUCGACUUUUAUGUCCAUUUGAACGAGUGCCUUGCUUAAAUAGUGACUUUGGAUGUCCAUUUACAAUGGCUCGAAAUAAAGUUGCCGAACAUCUAGAAAUGUGUCCUGCAAGUGUGGUGUGCUGUACUAUGGAGUGGAACCGAUGGCCAGUUAGUUAUGCAGACCGGAAAUCAUAUGAAAAUCUAAGCCGAGAUGUUGAUGAAGUGGCACAAUUAGAUAUGGCCUUGGCCCUUCAAGACCAAAGGAUGCUCUUAGAAUCUCUCAAAGUAGCCACCAUGAUGUCAAAAGCAACUGAUAAAGUAUCAGAACCUAGAGAACAGAUCUCAAUUAAAUCAAGUGUCCCAGAGAUACCACAUACUAAUGGUUUGGUGUCUGUUGAUGAAGACUCUUAUGGUGCACUUUAUCAAGCUACUGUUGAAACAACCAGAAGUUUGGCUGCUGCUUUAGAUAUCCUGAAUACUGCUACAAGAGACAUUGGCAUGUUAAGUACGAAGUUUUGUGCUUCCCCAGAUGAAAUGAAUGAAGAACAAAAUGCCAGAGAAAGCUUGCAGAAUAGAAACUUGAAAGACCAGGACCAUCUUUAUGAGGAUGAGAUAGGAGCAGUAGGUGGGAUUGACCAUAAUGACACCAGUCAGAAUGACCAGUCUGAACAAAAUGGUUCAAGUGAUUUAUUAUGUGACUUGGAUCCCAGUUCUUAUGGCACUUCUGCUCUUUGUAAUGGCUUUCCUUUGGAAAAUAUAUGUACACAGGUCAUUGAGCACAAUCAGAAUUUACAUAGUGACUCAAAACAAAGUAACUUAACAAAUGGAGAAUGUGUUGCAUCAGUUGGCCUUUCAGAAUCUUCUAGUUCACUUUCAGUAGCAGCACAAGUUAGGGAAGUAAUACCAUCUAAUGCUUUGCCUAAUGGCACGGUUCAGCAUAUCCUCAUGCCAGAUGAUGAUGAAGACUUGUGUUGGAAAAAAAUAGACUUAGGGGACCUAAGGAAUGUGGAUGUCUUAUCUUUGAGUCAUCCUCCAUUCAAAUUCCUUUCUAAUUCAUGUUGGUCUAAACCAAAGGAAGAUAAAGCAGUAGAUACAUCAGAUUUGGAAGUUGCAGAAGAUCCAAUGGGUCUCCAAGGAAUAGAUCUAAUCACAGCAGCAUUACUGUUUUGUCUAGGAGAUUCUCCAGGUGGGAGGGGUAUAUCUGAUAGUCGCAUGGUUGAUGUUUAUCACAUUGACUUUGGGACUCAGACUUUUUCACUUCCAUCUGCCAUAUUAGCUACAAAUACAAUGGUUGGGGAAAUAGCUUCAGCUUCAGCUUGUGAUCAUGCCAACCCACAGCUUUCAAAUCCAAGUCCUUUUCAGACACUUGGGCUGGAUUUAGUAUUGGAAUGUGUCGCUAGGUACCAGCCCAAGCAGCGUCCAAUGUUUACAUUUGUUUGUGGACAGUUAUUUAGAAGAAAAGAAUUUUCAUCACAUUUUAAGAAUGUACAUGGUGACAUUCAUGCUGGACUCAAUGGCUGGAUGGAACAGAGGUGUCCUUUAGCAUAUUAUGGUUGUACCUAUUCUCAGCGUAGAUUUUGUCCAUCAACACAAGGAGCAAAGAUUAUACAUGACCGCCAUUUGAGGUCAUUUGGAGUUCAGCCGUCUGUAUCUACAGUGUUAGUAGAGCCUGCUAGAAACUGUGUGUUGGGAUUACAUAGUGACCAUCUAAGUAGUCUUCCUUUUGAAGUCCUGCAGCAUAUUGCAGGCUUUCUUGAUGGCUUCAGUUUAUGCCAGCUCUCACGUGUAUCCAAGUUAAUGAGAGAUGUGUGUGGCAGUCUUCUUCAGUCUCGUGGAAUGGUCAUACUGCAGUGGGGGAAAAGGAAGUAUCCAGAAGGAAAUUCGUCAUGGCAGAUCAAAGAAAAGGUAUGGCGAUUCAGUACUGCAUUUUGUUCUGUCAAUGAAUGGAAAUUUGCUGACAUCCUAAGCAUGGCUGACCACUUGAAGAAAUGCAGUUACAAUAUUGUAGAGAAACGGGAGGAAGCAAUCCCAUUGCCGUGUAUGUGUGUGACACGAGAACUCACUAAAGAAGGACGUUCACUUCGCUCAGUUUUAAAACCUGUACUUUAAAAACUGUAAUUCCACUUGCACAUACAUGCAAGCACCUAGCAUAAUUUCUUGGUAAUAUGUGACACUUUAUUAAUGUAUUAAAGAUUACAACUAGCUAAAUUUAUUGUCACUAUGUAUAUAAUGUUUUGAAGUGACAUAUAUUUUUAUAAAGUACUGUUUAGUUGGAAAAAAGUUGCCUUAAUGUUUGAAAUGUGUGAAUUUUUUGGAACUUGCUGGACAGGGUGAUUUAAUUUUUAGCUACAUAAUUUUCAGAAUUAGUAUUUUUAAUGGUGUGCACAUUUUGGUUCUUAAGUUUUUUGCUUCUUAAACUAACAAGAUCCUGACCAAACAAUUUAUUCCUCAUUUCCUGUGGGUUAUAACCCAUGCAUUAAAAAAGCAAAACUUUGAUUCUGAUUUUUACAUUAUAGGCGUUUCAGAUAAAACAUUCAAUUACUUAAGCACUGCAUAAGACCAUUAUAAAGUUUUUAUUUUCCAGUGCUCCCCUUACAUAAUUACUGAUAUGUAGAUGAUCUCUAAUAUAUACAUAGUAUUUAAAAUCAUAAGUAAUGUUGAUAAUGCCAUUUAUCAUGUUUUAAAAAUAGUCCACAAAAAUGUUUUCACCUUAUCUAUCUACAACUCUCAGAGAGUAACCAUAUGCAGCUUAGAUGCCACAUCCAAAGACUCAUGGCAGUGUGUUAUGUGACAGGUUAAAGCAAAAUCAAAAAAAAAAAAAAAAACCUGUGAAUUUAACUUGAAACUGUAUAUGGUAUUGUACGUUUGCUAGGUAUUUGAUAUUUGGAGAGAAGAAAAUAUAGUUGACCCUUCGUAUCUGCAGGUUCCAUAUCCAUGGAUUCAACUAAAGGAUGGAAAAUAGUUGGAAAAAAAAUUCCAUGAAAUUCCAAAAAGCAAAACUUGAAUUUGCCACUCAUCUUCAACUAUUUACAUGGCACUUACAUUUAUUUACAAUUAUUUACAUAACAUUUACAUUGCAUUAGGCACUAUAAAUAACCUGGAAAUGAUUUAAAGUAUAUGGGAGGUAUGCAUAGGUUAUGUGCAAAUACUAUAUGCUACUUUAUGUGAGGGACUUGAACAUCUGUGGAUUUCAGUACCGUAGAGGGGUCCUGGAACCAGUCUUCUGCAGAUACUGAGGGAUGACUAUAUACCUCAUUUUAAGUUUGAAUUGGGCAUGUUCCGUGAAUAAAUUUCAAAUAUUCAGAAUGCAAAGGGCUUAACUUUUUUUCACAAGUGUUUAAAAUUUUUGCCUUUUGAUGUUUAUAAAAAUCACAGUUAUGUUGUUUUAAGUGAUUUAAAAAUGUGACAUUUGCUAUCUUUGUAAGAUGACAAUCAUGAAAUGCAGAAACCUGUCUUGGUUGACAAUCUCUUUAAAACAUUUCCAGAUUAAUAUUUCAUAGACUUCUCUACCAAAAAAAGCAAGAAUUGCAUCGUGUAAAAACCAAAAUAUAACAGAAAAAUAUUCAGAGACCUAUUCUUGAGGUAUUUUAUUAUAGUGUUCAAAUUGAUUUAUACAGUUAUUAACCUGAUAUGGUCAGUUUAAAAAAAUAAAUGUAUCAGUAUUAAAAAAUAAAUUGCAAAGACGGGGACAUAUACUUAAAUAAUUUAGGUGACUUCUGGCAUUUGAUAGUCUGAAAUGGUUACAAGUUACUUUGUUAUAAAAUUUCAAAACUAUUUUGUCUUCUCUUCCUACAUUUGUCCCUGAGAAUGCUCUAUUGUUAACUAGGUCUUUGAUUCCCGUAUAUGGCAUUCGGGCUGGGUAGAGGCGUUCCUUGGGCUACAAAAGAAAUCUGAAUUGCUUAAAACUUGUUUUGGUUGGAUCAAGUCCUUAUUACAGUUGAAAAAUAUAGCAUUAAAGACUAAUCAGUUGUUUUGCCUCACCUGUCAUUUUAAUUAGUAGAAUACUUAUUUCUCAGUGCUUAAACUAUCUUUUUCAAAGGUGAGAUUUGAAUUACAUAGUCUCUUUCUGUGAAAAAGUCAGAAGUCAGAUAUCAAAUAUUGUAAAAUAUAACUGCCUUUUAAAGUUUUGCUGAAGAAUGUGUCUGGUUAGGAUAGUACAAACAUUAACUUUUUGUUUUAUGGUUGUGCUUUUUAAAAUCCUUGUUUUUUAAGUUUAGACUCCUUGUUUCCACACUGGAUCAUGAGAUAUUUUAACAUUUUCCACCUUUUAUUUCUUUUACACAUCUUUGGCUGUUUUUUUGUUUGUUAUGCCACCGUUCUAUUUUGUUAAAAUAUUUUCUUUGUGCAGCAUUUGUUGAAAUUCUAAUAAAAUUAAUAUUUUCCUUUAUGUGGCUCAGUAACUUAAAAAGAAAAAACUUACAUUUAAAUAAAAUUUUAAUCCUUGUUUGACAAAUUCCAAACACAGUCAUAUUGUUUCUAUAGUGGGGAUUUUCUGCAUGUUUUAGGAGUUGCUUGUUGAUUAUCAUUGCUCACCCAUGUUUUACUGGUGAACAUUACUAUUAUUUUUUUAAUAUGGAAAACUCAUUAGAUAGUUUUCUCUGCCCCUUCAGUGUCUUCCUGAAAGUAGUCCCACCUAGGGCUAUUGAAAGGCUGAAGAGUUUUUGGCAAUAUUAUUUCUCUAAAACUUGUAAUGGGAACAAUCUAUCUAGCCUUUUAAGCAUGAAAAGGUUUGUGUGUUGGCCAAGCUAGUUGUCAUUUGAGAAGUCUUUGUCGAUUCCUUAGUCUUUGCUAACCAGCAAGAUAAAGGGCAAGUAUUAAGAAGGAGGGAAAUAAUCUGAAUUCACUUUUCUCCUCUGCCUUCUUCCCCAGAACUGCCCAUUAGUAUAAUCUCAAUCUCUCUCUCUCUCUCUCUCUCUCUCUCUCUCUCCCUCUCUCUGUCUCUCUGUCUCUCUGUCUCUCUCUAGCUUCUGAGAAUCACAGAUCACUUAGAGUAGUGGUUCCCAAAGUGUGGUCCCUGGACCAUCAGCAUCACCUGGGAGUUUGUUAGAAAUGCAAAUUCUUGGGCCUCUUCACAAACUUAUAGAAUCAGAAACUCUGGGGUGGGAACCAGCAGUCUUUUAACAGAGGCCUCCCCGGGUGAUUCUGAUGCAUGGUAAAGUAUGAGAAUUUAGAGGAAAUCCUGGGACAUGCCACCUCUUCUCAUGAAUGAUGUGUUAUUGGAACAAAUACAUGUAUGUACCUACAUGUAUAAUCCAAAGUUGAGUAAUUGUAAUUUAUUAGUAUUACAUAAAUGGUUAAACUUAAUGAUAUAUAUUGUCUCAAUCUUACAGCCAUGUGACAGAAUACAUUAGGUACCAUGGUUUCUGGACAUUUUUUUAAAAAGCUAGUAUUUGCUAGUAUCUUAAAUUUACUCUUAUUGCUAGUAUUUCACUAGUGGUGGUUCUCUUCAAGGUUAAUGGCAGAUUGUUUACUAGCACUAACAUUUAGCCUAGUCAUCAUUCAUUCUCUUGUUUAGUGAUUGCAAAAUCAUGUGAACAUAUUAGAUUUCUAGGAUAGACAGAGUAGAAGUAAAAAGGUACUAGAUUAAAUUCUACAAGAAUUGUGUAGGAAUUCUUUCAACCCUAUCAAUAAGAGGUAUUAAAGAUGGGGUUUCUGGUUUAUGUAGUAUAGAAUAUUUUUUGGUCUUUGACCCUGUGCUACAUUUCCCAACAGUGUUGUUACUAUUAUUAACUAUCCCUUAAUACUGGAGAUUGGGAUCUUUGAAGAUAUGGUAGUUUAUACUACUGUAUUGAUAACAGGUUUUUAAUCUCUGGCAAUUUGAAUGUAGGUUUUGGUGUUUAGAAGCAGAACAGAUUUCAUGUUUUGCAUUCCAACCUAAAAAGAUGGAGCUUGUUAAUUUUUAAAAAUUUUCUAAGGGAUAGUUAUGGAAACAUUGAAAAAUAUGUUUGUUUCCUGCAUGGCAUUGGAAGGUGAUGUAAUUGGAACCUGCAGAGGUGGGUGUUUAGAACUUCAUUAGAAAGAAAGCGAUUGGCCCUCAUUCUCUCAAAAGGCUGGACAGAGCCUUUUGAUGGAAAUAAUUUCUCUUGUGUGUGUUUGGCUGGUUAUCUAAAUAUAGCUCUUAGUCUUAACAUGCUUGUGAGGCCUAGGAAGCAAGAGUGUAUUAGUUAAUGCCUUUAAAGAAAAUCAGUUCAUCAGUGACUCAUCCAUUGUGUUUAAAAUAAUUCAGUGAUGGGAUUUUUUAGGAUUUGACCUAAAUCUGAUUUCCAAACAAAAAAGUUUAAGAUGUGCAAGUAAAGGCCAAUGCUAGUAAACUCCUUUUUAAAUAAAAUAAUAGAAGAGGAAGAAUGGUUUCUUUUAAAGUCACCUUUUAAACAAUUUUCCUUGAUUUAAAAGAUCAAAGUAAGUUCAAAAGGUAAGAACUUUCUUUUGUUUCCAUUGUAUGGAUGAAAACACCUAGAUACUCAAAGUUUAGGUACUGAUGAGUAUAUUGGAGUAUUUGAGAGCAGUGUGUUCUGACACAGUUCACUUUUCUUUACAAAUGCAGAAAGAGAAGGGACAUGUAGAUGUAGAGAAAUUGUUUUAGAAAACGUCUAGAAUAUUUGAUUCCUAAUACGUGUUUUGGAUAGUUAUUGGGUAAUACCAAAAGGAAACAAAGUAGAAAUUAAGUACAGUAUGCUGCUCUGAAAAUUCUUUGCAAAAAUAGGAUCUUUUGCUGAAUUUUUACAAGUAUUUUAUUGCAUCUGUGAUUGGUAAGAUUCUAUAAAUUCAUUGUUUAUACAUAUAUUUGUUUGCAUGUAUAAUAUCCAUAAAUUGGCCAGGUAGAUUUUAAUAUAUCUUCAAAUGUGCUAAUGGAGAUACAUCUUGUAGUGCUAUUUUACCUUAGAACAUUUCAAAACUGACAUUUUGUAUUCUGAAGGCUUAACAUUCCAAUGUAUUAUGUGGGGAGUAACUUUUCAUUAAUAGACUACAAAGAAAUGAGUUACAAGGAUGAUUCAUAGACAUGCUCUAUAGAAAUACAGUGAAAACUCAUAUGUCUUCUAUUUCAUAAUUUUUUAUCUUUGACAUGCUAUACUGAAGCAUCUAUUAUUUACUAUGAAGAAAAGCAUUUCUGAAGCAAACUGACAACAGAAACAAGGGAAAUUGUUUUUUUUUCCACUAACACCAAUAAAAUUUUAAACAUCCCCCAAAUUGUAUUAUUAACCUAUUUGCAUGCAAACAGGAAAGGAACUACAUGGGUAGUUCUAGUGGUGGUAACAGUGUGUAUGUGUUUGAAAGUAAUAAAACUGCAUUUCUUGAACUCUUUAAGACUGACCAACUAAUCAGGUCAUAUUGUCAUUUCCAAGUAAAAGUAAAUUCAUCAGGUUUAAUUUUUACUUUUUUCUAAUAUAAAUUGUUAGAAUUUUUAUCUCAGAUGAGAUCUUCAAACAGAUAAAUAGGUUGAUAUAUGUGUUGGCUUAUUCUUUGGCAGAGGAACUGACUAGAGUUAGAUAGCUUUCUAUACCCCUUCCAGUCAGAGAGUAACAUUGUUAGAUUAUUAUUCAGUGGUCUAAUAAGAACAGUAGCAAUAAUUUAUUGUUACUCAAAAGACUGAAGUUGAAAAAAGGAGAUCCUGCCUUUUGCUGUCCUAGAAUUUUUUUUCAUUGAAGUCCUCCUUUCCACAUUAGUUGUCAUUGUUUGUUUAUCCUAUGACUUCAGUUAUCUGAUCAGGUGAUCAAAAAACCUAGAUUAAGUACAUAGAGUUUUUAAAAAACUUGUUUUGCUGAUCAGCCUUUGUUUAGUAGUUUUGAUCAACAAAGUUUAGAUUUGAUUAAGUAACUUAGCUUCUUUUAAAGUUUCAGCUCACAAAUAAGUUUGUAUUGCUGAAAAAUUGAAGUAUCAGCAUUCAAGUUUAAUCACAUUAUUUGAUUAAGAGAAAUCAAACCAUAGAAAUACAAACAGUAAUAGGGUGCUACAUCAGUUCAAGAGUAAAAUUACCCAGUGAAUGUUUAAUUAUGUCAACUGGAUGUUUUUAUAUAAACUGAUAACUUAAAUAUUACCUGUGUUACCUUCCCAUUUAGGUCACCGCAGAGCAUUGAGUAGAGUUCCCUGAGCUAUACAGUAGGUUCUCAUUAGUUACCUAUUUUAUACAUAGGGUACUCAGAGUUUAGGUACUGAUGAGUGUAUUGGAGUAUCUGCAAGCAAUGUGUUCUGACAUGGUUCACUUUUCUUUACAAAUGUAGAAAGAGAAGGGACAGUUUAGAUGUAAGGAAAUUAUUUUGGAAAAUAUUGUUACUUAGAGUAUUUGAUUCCUAAUAAGUAUAUGUAUACGUAUAGCUGAUUCACUUUGCUGUACAGUAGAAACUAACACAACAUUGUAAAGAAACUAUACUCCAAUAAAAAUUAAUUAGAAGAAAUUGUUACCUGUACUAGAGAUUUGAAAUAAAAAUAAAGAAUAAUAUUGAUUCCCUGCAACAUUCCAGUAGUUUUAUGAUUAAAAACUCUGACACAUGAAUUACUUUAAAUGGUUAAUAAUUCGGUGGAUAUGAAUUCUAAAGAUUUUUAUGCUGCAUUUAAAAUGUUAAAGUUGUAUUGUUCAUUUGAUCAGUGUUUAAGCACCAGUCAGUCCUGAAAACUUGAAUUGCAUUCUGAGAUAAUUGCACUGACUCAUAAACUUACCUCAGAUGUCAUUUAGUUUCCAAAGUAUCUUCUUUUUCUCAUGAUUUACAUAAAUAGUUGUUUUUUUAUCUUAAUUGCAAAAGGAUAUGGUAUUUCUUAAAAAAGAAAAAAAGCAUGCUAAGUGAAAGGAGCUAGACACAAAAGGCCCCAUAUUGUAUGAUUCCAUUUAUAUGAAAUAAUCCCAGAAUAGGCAAAUCCACUGGGAGAAAUCAGA